GGCCAUAUCCUCUACCCCUAGUUGAACGGACAGUGAUCCCCCCUGCAGAAGUCGGUCGAAUUUUGUCGGGAUCAGUGGACAGGCGUCGAAUUUUGUCGGGCCCCUACCAGUGGGUGUUACGGUAUAAGAGGCAUCUUCGACGGACGCCAAUUCCAUAUCGAACCGACAGUUCUUUCAAAGACAUGGCCCCCAAGGGUGAAGGCGUAGUUGAGUGGACUGAAGCACUGGAGAACGCUUUCAUUACCAUCUUGCUGGAGAAGUUUACAAGGACGCAUACAACAUAUUGGAAAGCCAGGGACUGGGAACAAAUGAAUAAGGAGCUGGAAGAGCAAUUUCCAGGCACCAGUCUCGACGCCAACAAGUUGCGGCAGAAACUACGCAGACUGAGGAUCCAAUACACGCAGUUCACCGAGCUGAUUGCGCACACUGGAGUCGGCUGGGAUGAGACAACCAAUACCGUAAAGGCAAAUGCUGAUGUCUGGGAUAAGUUUAUUAAGAAGAACAGCGGCUUCAAGACUUUUCAGAACAGAGGUUGCAAGCAUUACACAUCAUUAAAAGAGUUGUUCAGGUCUAAGACAGUAACAGGUGCAUUACGAAUUUCAUCCACCGACCCACCAAAGAGCCCAGAAACAUAUGCACGCAUGGAAGAGGAGUUCCUACAAGCCGCAUCAAGCCGUGGGAAAGAACCGAUCAAUCUUGAAGAGGGAUCCGGCGAUAGUGAUGACCCCGUUCAUGAGGUUACCGAACCAGUAGUUACUGGGUCCCGUCGUCGUGUGCGCAAAAGGAGUUCGACCACCGGGUCGCGGUUGCAGGAGUGCCUUGACAUGUUGAAGUGCAAUCUCAGCAAUAGGGACAAGGACAUACAUUGUACCCCUCCUGAAACGAAGAAAAGCAAAUCUGUGACGAGCCCCGACAAACCAGCAAAGGGCAGCAUUGAGGAAGCGAUGGAUGUGCUCAAUAAAAUGCGUCCAUCCAUGUCCAUAAAAGAGUAUCUCGUUGCUAGUGAUCGACUUUCAAGGGAGGAGCACACACGGCGUAUGUUCAUGUGCCUUCUCGAUGAUACAAGGUUGCCAUGGGUUUGUAGCCUGCUUGACCCUUGAACGGCCACGGUCCAUCGUCUAAUGCGAUAUAUAUGUUUAUAACUAAGAGUUUAUUUGUUAUGUCAUCUACCAAACCUUUGUUUUAUAUUUGUUGUGUGUGCUAUUACUUUGCUUGAA